GUCAAAUAGUUUGUUUUAAUAUAAAAUGGCAUCCUUAGAUACAAUCUAAACACAAUUAUAUCUUAUAAUGAUUAUAUGCAACAUUAAUAUUUAUACCCUUUAUUAUUUGCGGUUAUUAAAGCAUAAUAUUUUAAAAAGUAGUUGCGAUAUAAAAAAGUUCUUUGAUUUACGCUUUGUGUGCUAUACAUAUUUCAGGUUAUUUUGAAUGUGUUUGUUUCAAUGAAUUCCAUUGCUGUUAAAACUCUAAUUCAAAAUGAUCCUGUUUUAGUUAGAAAGCGACCAAUGACUGCCAUUCCAGCUGGAGGAAUGCGAAGUCCUUGGUCUAACCCAAAUGCACAUCCUACUGUACCUAUUAAAAAGUUUCACAUCACAUUGUCUCACAAACCUUUUGAAUCUGAUGUCAGCAAGAAAGCACCAUAUGCAUCUCGACCCAACUCAACUAAUUCAGUUAACUAUCCAAAAGUUGUGAAUGGAAAGACAAUAACAAUGCCAGCUUAUAAUCCUCUUGAAGAUCCUCAUUUAGCUGCUUAUUAUGAAAGAAAAUUGGGUUUGAAAGCAAGUUUAUUGGAUGGUGGAAAAAAAAAUGUGAAAACAAAACUAGAAGCAACAAAAACUGUUUAUAGCAUCACAACAUUGACUGGAGAUGUAAAAAAUAGUUAUACAAAUGCAAGGGUUUUUGUACAAAUUCGUGGUACACUCGGAAAAAUUCAAAAGCAACAACUUAUAAAAAAAUCUGAAAGUGAUGUUGAUGGAAAUUCUUCUUUUGUUUUUAAAAGAGCAUCUAGUGAAACAUUUUUUAUUUAUUCCAAUGAUAUUGGUGAACUCAUAUCUUUAGAUAUAGAGCAUGAUGGCGUUCUGAGAACUCAAAGUUGGUAUCUUGAUGCGGUUGUGGUAAAAAAUCAAAAGACAAAAAAGUCAUGGACAUUUCCAUGUCAAUCAUGGUUAUCACUGUAUGAGUCUGACUGUCAAAUUAAAAGAACUCUUAAACCAUCUUCAAAUAAUGAACAGAAGUCUCAAAGAGUAGUUUACGAAAUAAGUGUUACCACUGGAGAUGUAAAAGGUGCUGGUACAGAUGCUCAUGUUUUUAUAACUAUGUUUGGUGAUAAGGGAACUGCACCAAGAGUUCAGCUUAUAAAUAAGAAUAUAAACACAUUCGAAAGAUCACAGACAGAUGUUUUUAAGAUUAAAACCAAGUACUUAGGGAUGAUACAAAAAAUAAUAAUUGAUCAUGACAACACUGGUUUUGCACCUGGUUGGUUUCUGGAUAAAGUGAUCAUCACAAAUACAGAAAAUGUUAAAGAAAAAUGGUAUUUUAUUUGCAAUAAGUGGCUUUCAAAGGAUGAAGGGGACAAGGAAAUAUCUAGAACUUUGCUUGGUACAAAAAGUCUAGAGAAUGUUCCCUCAGCUCACAAAUACACCAUAAGCACAUACACAGGUGAUGUGAGAGGCGCAGGCACAGAUGCUAAUGUUUAUGUUACUUUGUUCAGCAAAGAUGGUUGUUCAACAGAAAUGCAAUUAAAUGAUUCGAAAAACAAUUUUGAACGCAAAAAAGUUGAUACAUUUAAUAUUGAAUGCCCUGACAUUGGUUCAUUGACAAGAUUAAGAAUACGUCAUGACAAUACUGGAGCUGCAGCAGGGUGGUUUCUUGAUAAGGUUGUUGUUAAAAACUCAAAGAAUGAAACAUUUGAGUUUCCUUGUGGCAAAUGGCUUUCAGAUUCUGAAGAUGAUGGACAAAUAUCCCGUGAUUUAACAGUCAUAUCUGCUAAUGGAGUUCAAGGAACACCAGGUAUACCUUAUAAGUUGCACAUUACAACAGGUGAUGUUAGAGGGGCUGGAACUAGUGCUAAAGUAUAUGUUAUUUUGUAUGGCGGAAAAGAUGGGGAAAAAAGUAGUGGUAAAUUAUGGGUACAAAAUGGUCGUACAGAUAACUUUGAACGUAAUCGUACAGAUAUUUUUAAUGUUGAGUGUGCAGAGGAACUUAGUCCUGCUCAUCAUUUAACCAUUGGUCAUGAUAAUUCUGGGAUUGGUGCUGGUUGGUAUCUUGAAAAGGUUAUUCUUGAAGCUCCAACAACAGGAAUUAGUCAAACAUUUUUUUGUCGAAAGUGGCUUGCUGAUGAUGAGAAUGAUAAAUUGAUUGAAAGAGAAUUGUAUGAAGAUAUGGAUUACAGAACUCAAAGAGAAAUGAAAAAUGUAUGGAAUUUAUCUGUGUUUACCAGUGAUAUUCUUGGAGCAGGUACUGAUUCUUUAGUUUCAUUUACAUUGUAUGGUGAUAAAGGAAAGACAGAGGAAACAGUUUUAAAUAAUAAAACAAAUAACUUUGAGCGAGGCAGUGUUGAUCAUUUUAAUGUUGAGUUGAAAAAAAUAGGAGUUCCAUAUAAGAUUCGUAUUGGUCAUGAUAACUCAAAGAUGUAUUCAGAUUGGCAUUUAAGUAAGGUGGAGCUUGAGAAUCCUUUAUCUAAAGAAAAAUACUUAUUCACAUGUGAUAGAUGGAUUGGUGUUGGAGAAGAUGAUGGCCAAUGUGUUAGAGAAUUACCAGCACAAAGUGGCUCUGCACCAGUAUUGCCAAUUCUACCUUAUAAAGUUAUUGUUUAUACUGGUGAUAAGUAUGGUGCAGGCACGAAUGCUAAUGUUUUUAUAAAUAUAUUUGGUGAAAGAGGAGAUACUGGUAAUAGACCUCUGCUGAAGUCAAAAAAUACAAAUAAGUUUGAAAGAAAACAGAUUGAUGAGUUCAUUGUAGAAGCAGUUGAUUUAUCUAAAUUAACAUCAAUUAGAAUAGGUCAUGAUGGUAAUAACAGUGGAGAUGGAUGGUAUUUAGACAAAGUUAUAAUCGAAGAUCCAAAGACUAAAUCAAGCUAUCCAUUUUUGUGCAAUAGAUGGUUAGCUACAGAUGAAGAUGAUGGCCUAAUUGUUCGCGAGCUUCCUGUUGGUGAUUCUGCUACUUUACUAAAAACAACUUCUUAUCAUGUAAGUGUAAAAACUGGGGAUGUUGCAGGAGCUGGUACAGAUGCAAAUGUUUAUUUGAUCCUAUUUGGAGAAAAUGGUGACACAGGAAAACUUCAAUUGCGUCAAGCUCAAACUAAAAACAAGUGGGAGCGAGGAAGAACAGACAUGUUUACACUUGAAGCAAUGGAUAUCGGAAAGAUUAAAAAAUUAAUCAUUGGUCAUGAUGGCAAAGGAGUUGGAGCUGGUUGGUUUUUAGAAUCUGUAAUAGUGGAAAUACCAUCUCAAGGACAGCAUUUAAGAUUUUCAUGCAAUCGUUGGCUUGCAGAAGAUGAAGAUGAUAAGUUGAUUGAAAGGGAACUUUAUCCUAGCGAAGAGAGAGAAUUGUCUAAAAAAGUCCCUUAUGAAAUAGAAGUUCAUACUGGAGAUGUGAGAGGUGCAGGAACAAAUUCUAAUGUCUUUAUUGUUCUAUAUGGUGAAGAGAAAAAGUCAGAAGAGUUUUGGUUACGUAACAAAACAGAUAACUUUGAAAGAGCACAAAUUGAUAAGUUCAAAAUAGAGUGUGAUGAAGUCGGCCCAUUGACAAAAAUAAGAAUUGGUCAUGAUAACUCAGGAAUCGGCUCUGCUUGGUUUUUAGAUAAAGUGAUAGUUAGACGUCUUCAACCUCCACCCAAAAAAAAUAAAAUUGACACUAAAAAUCAAAGUGACAAUAAAACAAAAGGGAAGAAAAUGUCAACAUCCAAAAAUCAAAUUGAUUUAGAAGACAAGAAUAAAAAAGAAGAUAGCGAAGAUGAUUGCAACUAUUUUUUCCCAUGUAAUAAAUGGUUUUCGAAAAAUGAAGAUGAUGGCCAAAUUAUUAGAGAGCUUGUUCCCUUUGAUGCUACUGGAAAAUUUCAAAGAAAAAACUCAUUACCUGCUGUUACAUAUGUUGUUCAUGUAUACACUGGAGACCUGAUAGGGUGUGGAACAAAUGCUAAUGUAUUUUUGACUCUUUAUGGAGACAAAGGUGACAGUGGUGAGAGAGAAUUAAAAAAAUCUGAAACAAAUAUGGACAAGUUUGAAAGAAAUCAGGUAGAUGUUUUUAAAAUUGAUGCAGUGAGUCUUGGAAAGUUAGCUAAAGUCAAAAUUCGACAUGAUAAUUCUGGACUAAGUUCAAGUUGGUUUUUAGAUAAAGUUGUUGUUGAAGAUACCAAAGAAAAUGCUAAGUAUCUAUUUCCUUGUGAACGUUGGUUAUCAAAAACAGAAGACGAUGGCUCACUUUCACGAGAAUUAGUUGCAGUAGAUCAAGUUGACUAUGAAAGAAGAAAAUCCCGAUCUCUAGAGCGCCAAAAAUCACUUAAAAGAUCGAAAUCGAUUGCUGGGGACAAUGUCGAUCUUGAACAAAUGGCUGAACAAACUACAUAUAACAUCAGUGUAAAAACAGGAGACAUAUCGGGUGCUGGAACAAAUGCCAAUGUUUAUAUUGUUCUUUUUGGAGAAAAAGGAGAUUCAGGUAAAGUUGAGUUAAAAGCAUCAAAAUCUAAUAAAAAUAAAUUUGAAAGAAAUCAAACAGAUAUAUUUACAACAGAGGCUGUUGAUCUUGGAGAUCUGACAAAAAUUAGAAUCGGUCAUGACAACAAAGGUGGAUUUGCUGGUUGGUAUCUAGAUAAUGUAAGUAUUGAUGCACCUUCUAUUGGUAAAAAAUGGAUGUUUCCAGCAGGUAGAUGGCUUGACAAAGAUAAGGAUGAUGGAAAAUUAGAAGUUGAUCUUUAUCCAUCUUCUGAUAGACAAGAAGUCUAUCAAAAAUAUGUCCCUUAUGAAAUUGUUGUUUACACAAGUGACUUACCUGGUGCAGGAACAGAAAGUAAUGUUUUUAUUGCUCUCUAUGGUAUGGGUGGCAUUUGUACGAAUGAUGUAUUUUUAAAUGAUACUAGCAAAAAAAGAAAAGAAUGUUUUAACAGAGCCUCAGUAGAUGUUUUUGUUAGAGAAUUAGUUGAUGUUGGGGAGCAGAUUGAUAAAAUACGUAUUGGUCAUGACAAUAAAGGCUUUGGUGCAGCAUGGCAUUUGGACAAAGUGGAAGUAAGAAAACUUGUGGACAAUAAAGGAGUAAAGAAAAAAUCAGGAUCAUUAACUUUCACUUUUCUUUGCAAUCGGUGGCUUGCAAAAGGUGAAGAUGAUGGUGCUAUUGUCAGGGAGUUGGUUCCAUCAAAAAUUGUGGAGGAGUCAGUUGAUAAGAAUGGAAAGAUAUCUGUUUCUGAACAGAGAGUGGAUGCUAUUCUAGAAAUUCACAAAUACGAAGUCCAUGUGUAUACUGGAGAUGUUAAAGGGGCAGGAACAGAUGCAAAUGUGUUUUUGAUUAUGUUUGGUGAAAAUGGAGACACUGGAGAACGACAGUUGUUAAAAAGUGAAACAAACCGCAACAUGUUUGAAAGAAAAAAUGAUGAUAUGUUUCUUUUGGAAGCAGCUGAUCUUGGUUAUAUUCAUAAAGUUAUUAUUCGUCAUGAUGACAAAAAUAUUGGUUCUGAUUGGUUUUUGGAUAGGAUUGAAGUAAUUGAUACAUCUGAACAUAAUCGAAAGUUUAUAUUUAAUUGUGAAAGAUGGUUGGCUAAAAAGAGAGAUGAUGGAAAAAUCAAAAGAACUUUAUAUGAAAAAAGUUACGAGGGGGAUCGAAACUCCUUACAUUCAUCAGUAGGAUCACUUUAUGGAAGUAGGAUGAUAUCUGGUAGCAGCGUUAGUGUUGCUAGUUUAGAAGCACCACAAAAGUCUUUAUUAAAAAGAAGUGAUAGUGCUGAUUCAGUUUUUAAACAACAAGUGAAUGGUAAAAUGAAAAAAUCUUCUUCAAAAGUGUCCUUGGGUGGAGCAUCAACAUUAGGAUGCCUUCUUGAAAGUAUUCCUUAUACUGUGCGCAUAUGGACAGGAGAAAAACCUGAAAGUUCCACUGAAGCUAAUGUUUUUAUAGUUUUCAUUGGUACAGACGGUGCUUCACCAAAAAUUCCUUUAGAGCUCAUUGGAAAGGAUAGUUUUAAAUCUGGUUCUGUUGAAACAUUUUCUGUUCAAUCUGAGGAUAUAGGAGAUAUGAAGAAAAUAGAGCUUGGGCAUGAUGGCUAUCUUCCAAAAGAUAGUUGGUAUGUGAAUAAAGUGGAGGUGGAUGUUCCUACAACUGGGCGUAAAUAUUUUUUUCCUUGUCAAUGUUGGCUUGGCAAAGACAAAGAAGAUGGAAAAACUGCUAGAAUCUUUUCAGUUGAUGAAAACAAAGAUGUGUCUUAUAAACCAAAGAUUCUUUACCAAAUUACUUUCUAUACUGGUGAUAUAAAAAAUGCUGGAACUGACUCUGAAAUAAAAAUGACUUUGUUUGGCCUACAAGGUCAAUCUUCAGAAAUUAAACUUGAUAAAGGAGAAGAGAGAUUUGAGCGUGGUUCAGUUGAUAUUUUUCGCAUGGAUAUUGAAGAUGUUGGAACUUUAACAAAACUUCGAAUUGGACAUAAUGGAAAAGGAAGUCGUCCACAUUGGUUUCUUGAUAAGGUCGUAUUCAUGAACUUAAUAACUGAAAAAGUUGUUGUAUUCAACUGUGGUCAAUGGUUCUCAAAAACAGAAGGUGAUAAAAAAAAAGUUCGUGAGUUACCAGCUGAAAUGGAAGGAAAGAAGAUGGUGGCAGAAACGAAGUAUACGAUCAGUGUAAAAACAGGUGAUAUACAAGGUUGUGGCACAGAUGCUAAUGUUUAUAUGAUACUAUUUGGAGAAAAUGGUAGCUCUGAUGAGUUAAAAUUAAAAGAAUCCUCAACAAACAAAGACAAGUUUGAGCGUGGAAACACUGAUAUUUUUUCAUUUUCAAUGCUCAGCUUAGGCAAACUUACAAAACUUCGAAUUUGGCACGAUAACAAGAAUAUGCGAGCUGGUUGGUUUUUAUCCUAUGUAGAAGUCAUUGAUGGCAGUACUAAUGAAAAGUUUUUGUUUCCAUGUGAAAGAUGGCUUGCUAAAGAUGAAGAUGAUGGAAGUAUAGUUAGAGAAUUGGCUUGUGCAACUAAGUCAUCAAGUGAAAAAAAAAAAAAAUCUGCCAUGAUGGAAUAUGAAGUCACAGUGUUUACAUCAGAGAAGAAAAAUUCAGGAACAUCCCUUAAUGCAAUGCUUAUUUUAGUUGACAUAAAUGAUAAGAAAUCUGAUGAGCUUAUUAUUCAAAAUUCAGCAAAAAAUAAAGUUCUUAGAAGUGGUCAAACUGAUACCAUGCGUUUUGUGACAAAACCAUUAGACAGAUUAAAAAGUAUAUACAUCUGUUUGGUGGAAAAAAAAGAAGCCAGUGAUACUGCUAAAAAAUGGCAUUUGGAUAAAAUUGUUAUAAAAGAUGUUGUUGCUGAUGUCAGUUAUCUAUUUAAUUGCAAUGAUUGGAUUAAAUUAUCACGUGUGCAGUUAGACUGCUCUGGUGAAGAAAAAUCAAAAGUUGCAACAAUAAGAGAAUCUGUUCCAAUACAAUAUGAAAUAAGAGUCUAUACUGCAGACAUAAAAGGUGCAGGCACUAAUGCUAAUGUUUUUCUUACUCUGUUUGGAGAGAAUGGUGACUCAGGGAAGCGCGAGCUUAAAAAAAAAUUUAAAGAUUUGUUUGAAAGAGGCAACAUGGACGAUUUUAAAAUUGAAUGUUUGGACUUAGGAAAGCUAACUAAAUUAAUCAUUGAACAUGAUAAUAAAGGAUUUAAACCGGGUUGGAUGUUAGAUAAAGUUGAAGUUACAAACACUAAAGAUAACACAGAUAUUGUUUUUCCCUGCGAACAAUGGUUAGACAAGAAAAAAGGCGAUAAAGCUAUAAUUCGAGAACUAUAUCCAUCACCAUAAAUAUUUGUUAAAAUAUUUUUAAAAUUUAAUAAAUCGUAAAUGUUUGUUUAAAUCUUUAUGGGUUUUUUUUACUGUUAAAAUCUUAUUU